UAUUAUCUCGUAUAUCAGUCUGUGGUCACUUGACUUUUGGUUGCAUAGUUCAAAUAGUUGUUUUGUAGUUGCAAUCUACAUUUUAAUAACGAAACUACCCAAAAUCAUUCCAUUGAAUUUGAAUGGAAGAAAGGUUGAAUUUGUGAAACUUUACUUGGACAAAUAACGAGUAUAAAACGAUCUGUGACCAUGCCUGCACGAAAACAGAAGAAAAAUAAGAAAAAGCUAACCGACUUUAUUAAAGAGUGCCGAAUAUCUUCACUUUCCAAUGAAAAAGUUGAAGGAACAAAACCUAUUCAACCUGAUGAACCCUCAGAUAUGAAAAUAACUGAAAGUGAAUAUCAACAAAAAAAAUAUCUCAAAAUACCCCCAAUAUUUUUGCAUCAACCUGUUGAUUUUAAACAACAUGUUCACAAAUUACUAUUAGCUGGUUUGAAAUUUUACCAGCCACAUAAUGGACGAAAUUACACCAAAAUCAAGUGCGUCUCAUUUGAAGACCACAGGCGCUUGAUACAAUAUUUAAAGAUCAAUGAAUUACCUUAUCACACAUAUGGAAAUCCAGAUCACCGUAAAGUCAAAGUUGUCAUCAGAGGCUUGGCUAAAGAUACCUGCUUGAAUGCACUAAAGGAAGAUAUUGAGUCUCUUAAAAUACCUGUAGUAAGAUUGCACAAAAUGCAUACAAAACAGACAAAAAAAGAGCACCCCCUGCUAGUGUUAGUCAUAAUUCCAAAUGAGGGAUGUGAGAAGCUCAUGCAAGUUGAGACAUUAAUGGGCCAGUCAGUAAAAAUGGAACGUCCAAUUGCAAAGCCAAGACAGUGCCAUCGCUGCCAGAAGUGGGGCCACUCUCAGCGCUACUGUCAUGGUCAGGUUCGAUGCGUCAAGUGUGCGGGGAAACAUUUAUCUUCAAAAUGUAAGAAGGACCCUAAUGAGCCUCCAAAAUGCGCCAAUUGUGAAGGUGAGCACACGGCCAGCUACAGAAAAUGUUCUCAUUGCCCGGAUUCCGAAAUGUUCAAGUUGACACAAAAGCUAAAAUUGAGAGGUGUUCCGAUUGACACUAAGCCCAUAUUAGUGACUUUAUCAAACUAUCAAAAUGACCUUUACAAGAAUACAAACACGUUUCUCCCAAUUGGAGAUGAGCCUUCCGACUGUGAAUUUGAGAACUUUGAAGAAGUAGAUUAACAUGGUCAAUCCUUUAAAGGUUAAUCAGUAUUAUUAUGUUUAACUUUCAUGAGUAGUAUUUUCUUUUUUGUAUGUUCCCUGAUUUACUUACUGCUGUAGUUAUUAAGAAUUUUUUUAUUGUAAUUUGUGAAUUUUCUUUCUUUGCAAAAGCAACAUUUGUUGAUGAGAUAAGGCUGUCAGUGGUUACAAUAAGUAGUUGUUAGAGUUUAUUUUUAUUCAUAGGUAUAUUUAGGUUUAAAAUACUAUGUUGGUUCAUGUUUUUUUCUCAAAAGAAAAUCAGCACUGCUGUGAUCAAUCAGUGAGAUUUAAGUUUCUAUUAUUAGUGAAGUUUAUGAUCUGUUGCCACAAAAAAGAUCUUUAUCCAUUAUUAGAGUAUGAAAACUCUCAUUUUGUUUACAGUAAAUAAAACUAAAAAAUAAAUAUAA